AUUAGGUUGAUUCAAUAAUAAUUGACAUAUGUACUAAAUAUUGAUUACUCGUUCAAAGUAGUUUUCAAAUGGUUUAUUAAAAUUCAAUUCUAAUUCUAACCGAUGAGAAAAUCCAGCAAGGAUGACCUAUAACCUCAAAAACCGACAAUAUUAGUGUACACCGAAUCUUAUUUAAUGCUUUUUAAAUCCUCCACAAACUUUUGAUAGUUCUGCUGCAUAAAAUCUGGAUUUUGUGAAAAUGACAGUAUUUAAAAAAUACAAUACAAUCGUGAGAUUUUCUGCGGAAUUACGAACUUAUGCAACACAAACAAAACCAGAAGCAAAAAUUCUACAUAAAUGGAAUUCUGUAGUGGGCCUUGAAAUUCAUGCCCAAAUAAAUGCGGAAUCAAAAUUAUUUUCAGGAGCGAGCACAAAUUUUGGAAUGCCUAUAAAUUCUUGUGUUUCAUUAUUUGACUGUGCAACCCCCGGAACAUUGCCGGUCUUAAAUAGGCGAUGUGUUGAAGCUGGCGUUCUUACAGCACUUGCCCUCUCCUGCAACCUUAAUGAAAUAUCACUCUUCGACAGAAAACAUUAUUUCUAUGCAGAUUUGCCUGCGGGCUAUCAAAUAACUCAGCAACGACAACCACUCGCCGUUGAUGGGACUUUCAACUUCCGUGUAUAUACACCUGGCAUUCACAAAGAACCGUAUUUGAAAUCUUCUAAAAUCAAGCAAAUACAGUUGGAACAAGAUAGUGGGAAAAGCUUACACGAUGAUCUAUUAAAAAAGAGUUUAAUCGAUCUAAAUCGGGCUGGUAUACCCUUGAUGGAAUUGGUAUUUGAGCCGGAUCUUUCGGAUGGUGAGGAAGCUGCAGCUUUGGUGAAAGAACUUGCACUAAUAUUACGGAGAUUGAAUACUUGUUCUUGCAAAAUGGAGGAGGGUGGUCUGAGAGUUGACGCAAAUAUUUCCGUCAAUCGUCAUGGCGAGGCUCUUGGAGUACGAACGGAAAUAAAGAAUAUCGGGAGCAUCCGAGGCGUUGCUACCGCUAUUAAAUACGAAAUCAAACGUCAAAUAAAAUUAUUAGACGCGGGUGGAAAAAUUGUCAACGAAACAUUAACAUGGGACGCUGAAACUCAGAAAACAGUUUCCAUGAGAGACAAGGAAGAGAAACAAGACUAUCGUUUUAUGCCAGAGCCAAAUUUACCCCCUCUCCAUAUUCAUAUGCAAGAGAAUCAAGAAAAUUUGGAAAAUCUUGUCGAUGUUAAUUAUCUCAAAUCUACCUUGCCAGAAAUGCCUGAAGAGUCGAGAAUGAAGCUGGAGAAAAACUUUGACCUCACCCCUCAAUAUGCGAUAAUUUUAGUUAACGAGGAGACUCUCUUGAGAUUGUUCAACGAUGUGAUGUGCGAAAAUCCAAAACGAAGUAGCAAACGCGUUGCUAAUAUUCUUAUAAUGGAACUGUUGACUGCGUUGAACAGAAAAAACGUGAAACCCGAGAAUUGUAUGAUCAAUGCAAAUCAGAUUGGCGAUCUCGUCGAUCUUUUAGAAAGCAAAACGAUCAAUUCGAAUAUAGUCAAACAGACGUUGGCAGAAUUGAUGGAACAUCCUGAAAAAAUGCCGUCACAGAUUGUUGAGGAGAACGAUUGGGUACAGAUAAAUGACGAUAAAAAGUUAACAGAACUAUGUCAAGACGUCAUUGAUCGUAAUGAAAAAAUAGUGAAACUAUACAAAGCUGGAAAGACGAAGGUUCUAAAAGCGUUCCUAGGAGAGAUAGCGAGAAUUACGAAUGAACGUGCCAACAUGGGUCGAGUCAAAGAGAUAUUGGAAGAAUUGUUGAAGUGAUAAAUCAUGAAUAAAUCAUUUUAACUUAUAGAAUUCGGUAUAUUUAAAUGUCAAUGUUAAAAACAUUAGAAAUAUAAAACACAGAUUUUGAAA